AUGCUUGCAUCCCUUUCACGCAACUUCGGCAAAAAGUAUGCCUGCGGCAUAGAACUUGGUGGACAGACAGCAGCCUUCGCUAUUUGCGAGAAUCUUGGCUCAUUCCUUUACAAGAAGAAAGGAAUCAAGACAAGAGAACCAACAACACCAGAUGAGGCUGUUGAAGCCAUUGUUGAAGGUAUUAAGUCCUCUGGCUAUGAAGUUGAUCGUAUCGGUAUCGCUUCAUUCGGCCCACUUGAUGUUUACAAAGGCUCAAUUGGCAACACACCAAAGCCAAAGUGGGGCAACUAUCCACUUGUCGCCUCCAUUCAGAAGGAGUUCCCAGAAGCCCAAGUUGUCCUUGAAACAGACGUUAACGCUCCAGCGUAUUCUGAAUAUCUUCACCUUAACUCAAAGGACAACACAGUCAAGUCUGUUGCUUAUGCAACAAUCGGAACUGGUGUCGGUGUUGGCGUUUUCUGCGAUGGCAAGCCACUCCACGGCAAGAUGCAUCCAGAAGGCGGACAUUUUAAGCCAUUCCACCUUCCAAACGACAAUUUCAAGGGAUGCUGCCCAUUCCACGGCGAUUGCGUCGAAGGUAUGAUCUCUGCUGUUGCUCUUUCCAAGAGAACCGGCCUUUCAUUACAACAGCUCCCACAGAUUGCCACAGAUGAUCCAGUUUGGGACUGCUUCACAGAAUAUGCUGCUCAGCUUUCUGCUAACUGCGCUCUUCUUUACUCCCUUGACUACAUGGUUAUUGGUGGUGGCAUCGUCACCGCUAAGGGACGCGAAUACUUAAUUGAGAAGAUCCAGAAGAGAACAAAGGAACUUCUUAACGGUUACAUUCACGUUCCAAAGGUUAUUAAGCCAUUCUACGGUGGUGAUGCUGGCUUAGUCGGUGCUACAGCUGUUGCCCUUCACCCAGAUGUUUUCACAAACAACUAA